AUGCUGCGUCUUCCGCUCGCUGCAAGGCGUGCACCACGCUUGCUUCUUCCUCGGCCGCCUGCUCGCACCUUGUUCGGGUGGUCGAAAAAGCCUACACAGACUGGCUCUGGCGCUAAACCCAUCCUUACGCAAGACAAUCUCUUUCAUCCACUCUCCGAAUCUCCAAUUAAAACCCUUCAGUUAAGAGCCAAGGCGGUAAAGGAGCUCGCACCAUGCCCUCGAAUUCCACUGGAAACAGGAUACAGACCACACACAAUACUGUACCCGUCUUCGAGAGUCAAUGAAGACGAGCAUGACAUCCGAAGUGGGCGUAAAAUGACCGAAUUCGAGCUCCCUGGUCAACAAUCAUACGAAGAAGCUGUAUCAUUUGCCAACUGGGAUGUAUUCUGGUACACACGCAGCUUCAACUCGAUUGAUACGGACCGGUCGAGAAGACAUUCGAGUAAACUGCUCACAUAUCCUAUUACAAUUGCGUCGCUAUUGCACGAAAACAGUGGUAUUAAUAUACGGAAUCAAAGACUCACUCCUGAAGGCCUUCGGUCUAUGACAGGCAACUUACAUGCCGAAUCCCCCACUGGCGACGAAGACCCAUCGGGCAAACCUCCCAUGAGAAUCUUUAUCAUCGGUGCACGAGCGGAAUCAUCUCUGCCUACGCAUGUAUGGGAGCAACUCGCUCACCUAUUCCCAAACACUCCGUUCCAUAUCUAUAUGAUUGGUCCACAGGUGUCUCUUCCUGCCAUAGCCAUCCCUCCUCCCCCUCCUAAACCAGCGCCAACCAAAAACUCCGAAUCCACCAGAGAUGCACCGAAACCAGUCCUGUUCGAACCCCCGAUCCCACCCCAAACUACCCCCACAGGGCCAACCAAAACGAGGGACUCGGCCCCGGACUACGGCGUUCCUUCAAGCACCUCCUCCGUCUCCGACCAACUCACAAUCACAUGCCUCCGCGCACCCUACGCGGACGUACACGCCCAUUUCGCAGAGACAUUCGAUCCCUACACCGACGUAUUCUUCGCAUUUUGCCCAGGCUUCGGUUUCCCCUCUCCUACUUCCCCAGACAUGCUCCAAAUUCUGCUCCCGGAGAAUGGGGGACGACCGUCCCGCUCAUCCUGA